AUGCCCGAACAGCUUACACUCUAUGGCCACAGGCACAGCUCUACCAGCAUGAUCGUCGCCAUCGCUCUGAGCGAAGCCAAAGCCGAGCACACCUUCUACGAAGUCGACCUGCGCAACAAGCCCGCCUGGUUCGCGGAGAACAUCAACCCUGCCGGAAAAGUCCCCGCAAUCACCUACGGCGGGCCCACCGUCCCGCCCGACCAACCCUCGCCCCAAUCCACCAAACUCGCCGAAUCGCUCGUCCUCGUCGAGCUCGUCGCAGACCUCCAUCCCGCCGCCGGCCUCCUCCCCUCGGACCCGCUCAAGCGCGCCAAAGUGCGCUUCUUCGUGACCACCGUGCAGACGCGCUACCUCGAGCCGUACUUCCACUGGUUCGCGUUCGGCAGGCCGGGCGCGUGGCGGGAGAUCUACGAGGGCGCCAGGGCGAUUCAGGCGCUCCUGCCUGAGAGCGGGGAGGGGUACGCGGUGGGCGAGGAGUUUACGACGGCGGAUUGCGUGUUUGCGCCUGCGGCGGGGCGGACGAAGAUCGCGUAUGAGCGCGGGAUUGGGCGGUUUCCGCCUGAGGAGGCGGUGCAGUUGAGGGAGCUGAUGGAUGCGCCGGAGAUGGCGAGGUUUAGGGCGUAUGUGGGGAGGGUGCUGGAGAGGCCGAGUGUGAAGGCUAACUUUGGGGAGGACUGGGUCGCCGAGGGUACGAAGGUUGUCGUGGAGUUGUUCAACCAGCGAGAUGCCGCGUCCGCGUCCACGUAG